AUGGAGCUGCCGGUGGAAUGCGCAAAGCUGCUGGUGGUGGUGGACGUCUCUGCCCUGACGCGCGGCGUGCGUCUGCUCAGUGUGGAGGUGCCGCUGACAGCGGUGCCGGCCGGACCGGCUGCCUCUCCGGCGGCCGACAUUGAGCGCGGCACGUGUCCGCCGCCGUUCGGGCCGCUGCAGCUGCUGCAGUCGGCGGCGCAGCUGUCCGUCUCCGUGUCGCUGGCCGUGCCGCUGGACCUGCUGCCGCGGCCGGCGCCGGCGCGCUGCGCCUACGGCCGCCUGCUGGCCGUCGUCUCGCAGCGCGGCCUGCAGCGCAGCGGCGUGCUGCAGCUCAUCCAGCAGCUCAACGAGCCGCCCAGCCCGGCGGCGGCCAAGGGCGCCGCGCCGCGCCGGCCCGGCGACGUCAGCACACCUGGCAUCAGCGGCUUCUGCCUGGCCGACCGUCAGCUGCACCUGCUGUUCGCCGAGGGGCGCGCCGACGCCGAGCUGGAACAGACGGCGGCCGCGCCGCGCGCUCUGCCGCGCCGCGACGCUCGACUCUGCCACCAUUCGGGCCUACUGUUUAGGGAGCGCCUGUACCCGCGCCAGCCGGCCGCGUUCCGCGUGCUCGAGGACCGCCCGCUACGCGCCCAGCUGCUCGACACCCGCCUCUACACGUUACAGAAACAGGAGCCGGCGCGCGCCGUCCGCGCCAUCAGAGAGUGCUUCCGCACGCAGUGGCUGUCGGAAAAUGAACCUGCUUCCCAACGAGGCCGGCCUGCAACAACUGCUGGCCGGCUGUUGGCCGAAAAAAAAACGCCUUCAACCGGAUGUCAGUUGUCAAAUCAACGCGUAUUAAUGCAUUCACUAGGAUGGGCUUACGUAAAGCUGUAGAAUUGCAAAUAUAUAAUGGCACUGUUUUUGA